UCAUAAGCUAAAGAGAACCAUGUAUGGUUUUUGUACUCCAAUGGUACAUGUUAAUGGAAUUUCUAAGCUCCAAGCCAAGAAAAACUACCCAAGUCUUGAUAUGUUAGCAGGUGGGCAGAAGAAAGUGGAAGUCAACAACGUCCCUCAAAAACACAGAGAAAAGGUAGUGAUUAUCAUGGGAGCAACUGGAACCGGAAAGUCAAAACUAUCCAUGUAUCUUGCUAAAUGUUACGAGGCAGAAUUAAUAAACUCCGACAAGAUGCAAGUGUACGAGGGACUUGAUAUCGUCACCAACAAAGUCACUGAGGCAGAGCAAUGUGAGGUUCCUCACCAUCUGCUGGGUAUACUAGACCCUUAUGCAGAUUUUGCAGUGGAAAGGUUUUGUGAAAUGGCCUUAGUUUCCAUUGAAUCAAUCCUGAGCCGGGGCCGGCUUCCGAUCAUUGUCGGAGGCUCCAACACCUACAUCGAGGCCCUGAUCGAUGGCGAGGAAUAUAAAUUCCGGUCAAAGUAUGAUUGUUGCUUCCUCUGGGUGGAUGUGUCCUUGGCUGAGCAUCAAUCAUUUUUAUCCAUUAGGGUUGAUCAGAUGGUAGAAAAUGGCAUGGAAGAGGAGCUGAGAAAGAUGUUUGAUCCCAAUGUGGAUUAUUCAAAGGGGAUUUUUAGGUCAAUUGGGGUUCCUGAAUUUGAUCAGUAUUUCAGAACUGAACCCCAUUUAGAAAAAGAAACUCGCAAAAAGCUUUUUCGAAAAGGAUUAAGUGAAAUGAAGGAAAAUACUUGCCAGUUAGCACGUCGGCAACAGGAAAAGAUUCAUCGACUUAAGGAUGUGAAGGGAUGGGAUAUGCAUCGGCUUGAUGCUACAGAAGUGUUCAGAAAACAAGGUAAAGAAGCUGAGGGUGCUUGGAAAGAUCUUGUGGCUACGCCGAGUAAGAGAAUUGUUGAUCAGUUUCUGAACAAAGCCGGUCACCAAUUAGCUAGGGUUAGCGGCCAUUAAAGCAGCUUGCAUGCACGUACAAAAUCUACCUCUAUAAUUUUUUCAGUUACUUACAUAUGAUGUAAUAGAAUCCUUCCAAAAUAAUCGCAGCUAGCAAUAUACUGCAUGCAGGAACACUUGAGAACCGAUCAUCAU